CACUAACUGCUUGUCAUUCCAAGAUGGCUGAUGCGAUUUGGCUUGAUUGUUGACGUACUAAGAAGAGUGAAUACUUGCAAAUAAUCUUAUUUUUGAGCAAGCCAGUGAAGUAAAAAAGCCCAAAUAUUGAUCAACGUGCAGUGCAGUGAUUUAAGUGAAAAUGACGCAAUAUUUGCCACCUAAUUUGCUGGCUUUGUUCGCGCCGCGAGACCCCAUUCCGUAUCUUCCGCCGCCGGACAAAUUGCCCCAUGAGAAAAAGUCGCGUGGUUACUUGGGUGUUGGAGCAUUUUUAAAUGAAUUCGAGGAUCCAAAAGACACUCCACCGCCGACGCGUGUGGAAACUCGCGAGGAGCGGCUGGAACGUCGUCGCCGUGAGAAGGCAGAACAAGUUGCGUACAAACUUGAGCGUGAAAUUGCCAUGUGGGACCCAACACAAAUUAAAGGUGCUACCGAGGAUCCAUUUAAGACCCUGUUCGUGGCUAGAAUCAACUACGACACAUCCGAGUCCAAGCUCCGGCGAGAAUUCGAGGUGUACGGACCCAUCAAGAAGAUUUUAUUAAUUCAUAACAAAGAGUCGGGGAAGCCACGCGGAUAUGCUUUCAUUGAGUAUGAGCACGAAAGGGACAUGCACUCUGCAUACAAGCAUGCAGAUGGUAAGAAAAUUGAUGGUAAGCGAGUUCUCGUGGACGUUGAAAGGGCACGAACGGUAAAAGGGUGGUUACCUAGAAAGUUGGGUGGUGGUCUCGGAGGAACCAGACGUGGUGGAGCUGAUGUUAACAUUAAACAUUCAGGUCGUGAAGACAACGAACGUGAACGUGAGCGUUACAGAUUGGAACGCGAACGUGAGGAUAGAGAUCGUCGCGAUCGUGAGCGAGAACAACGUAAGCAUCAGAAAUGUCUACCUUACAAAAACUUGGAUAAUGAAUGUAUUAUAUUUUCACUAGGAUUUGAAAUGAGACGUCGCUCAAGAUCGCCACGAGAACGGCGCGAACGUGAACGAUCGAGACAUCGCAGCCGAUCACGAGAACGUAGAAAGCGAAGGAGUCGUGAACGAGAUGUGGAUGAUAUCGACCGUCGUGACCGACGCGAUAAGGAUCGCGAGCGUGAGAAAGAAAAGAAAAAGAAGAGAUCCAGAUCACGAGAACGAGAUAGAUCGGAGAAGAAACGUGAUAGACGUGACAGGGAGCGUGAUAAGGACCGCGAGAGGAAAGAACGCAAGCCAGAUUUCAGGGAUGGUGAAAUUAAGAUUAAAGAAGAACCAAUUGACGAUUACCCAGAAUAUCCACCACCAAAUAUUGACUAUCAGCAGAAUGCCAUCAAAUAUGAGGACGAGAUUAAACAGGAAUCUGAUAGGGAAAAGGAAAAACAGAAUGGAAACCAACAGAAUUCGUAUAAUAGAGAAGCUGAGGAUGAAAAUCAAGGAUGGUGGCGUUAGUUUUAGUCGACGGUAUUUGAAUUUAUUAUCAUCGUUUAUUCCCUUCUGAAUCCAAAAAGCAGUUUUGCAUUUUCUCCCGAGAUAUUAUUCUGUAUCUUAACUCGAAAUAGGGAACGCAUUCAACUUGAACUGUAAAAAGUAAUUUUACGAAUCUAAACCAGCAUAGAUAUAGUGUGAGAAUAAAAGUAUAAGAAAAACAA